GAUCAGCCGCGCGGCGCUCAGUUCGAGUCGGACCUCCGCCGGAGAGAGAUUGCGCCGUCCUACUGCGUAUCCGUUCCGUGUUUCCUCUCCCGCAACGUAUUACGCUGUGAAUAAUAGUAACCGUUUGAAACGCGAGUGACUCAGCCAUGUAGGUUACCCGCGAAAAUUCCAAGGAGGUCCUCGACGCAACAAUCAGUGUCGAAUUGUUGUCAAAUUCGUAUAAAUCGUGUGGAUGGGUGGGUGCGUGUGUGUGUGAGUGGGUGCGUGUGUUUAUCAGUGUAUAGUGCGAGAAUCCGUGGUGUAAAAGUAGGUUACCCCGGUGUCCUUGGCGGGAGCCUGAUAUACGUGUAAGUGCAGUCGGCCCAGUUUAAGCGGCGCGCUUUUACGUAAUGCUCCUCGUUUGAUCGGUCAGUUCUCGUCGGAGAACGGUCACUGGAGAAGCGGCGAAGCCCUCUGGCCUGAAGGAUAGGCAGAAGGAGGCCCCAGGCAUUUUCGUCCUUUAUACUUUACGGGAUUAUCGGCCAUCGUUGCCCGGCUGGCGCGGGACGACGUUCGCCUCUGGAUCGCGCUACUUCGAUCACUUCUAAACUCGGCUUUAUAAAUAAGCCAUCCAAUAAGCCAUCAGUGGACUAAACGCUUUCUCUGUCGCACCGGAUUUUACUACCUGAUGCUUCGCCAAAACCAGUGGAUAUAGAGAGACGUCGUCAAGAUCUGCCACCGCCCCAAACCCCAUUUCUUUCCUCCCGAGGAACCUCGCCGUUUUUCACUCUCGCCCCUCUUUUUCUUGGCCCGUCUCGCCGCGCACGACGUUGGAUGGUGCUCUUGUGCGCGAUGACCAUGUCAAAUACUCUUCGUUAACAGUGCCGAGAAUCAUCAUCAACCUCAUCGUGUCCCAAUCCCCACGCUUAGUGCGCGACCGUAUUCUUACAUACAUGUGUAUAUAUAUAUCGCGAGAUCUAUUGUGUGAUAUAUUAUCAGUGAUUUGAGAGUGUGUGAUCAGUGCCCGUUUUUUCUCUGGAUUAUAUUGGAUAUAUUACGCUUCCUCGAUCGUCGCUUCGCAAAUCGACAGAUAUCAUUUAUGUAAGUUUCACUGCCUUUACGCCGGAGCUGCUGCCGCACGCAACUUCAUAAGAAAUGCAACGAAAUCAAUGCGGAGACAAAGCUGGGGAAGUUCGGGGAUGGAGGUUGCGCCUGUGCGCUCCAUAAGCACGGCUGGCUAAUAGCUCCAUAGCCCAUCCCCCACACCCUGCAGCAAUAUACCAGAUUAGCAGUUGGUGGGACAUGGAUGUGAGCUUCACGAACGUGUUGGAGGGGGCUCGCCAGUACUUCCAGGGACUGCCCGUGCCGAGUACGGCCGGAGCUAAUGCUUCGACGGAGAAUCUUGCAACAUCGACGCCAUCCAGCUACAAUCAUGCCGGCGAUAUGCCAGUAUCCAGUACUCCGACGAGUGUGUCUACUAGUGGGACGCAAGAGACCUCCAGAUACUCGGAUAGCAGGUUGGAAGAGAAUGGACCCAGUUCAAGUUCCUAUUGGAAUCCACCAGGUCCGAAUGAAAUUCGACCGGUUGAGCCUUAUCCUCCUCAGCCCACGAGGGUCGAGGUUCCCGAUACUAGGCCGGGAGACGACGGAUCCGCCUCCUUGGAGUCAUCGUCCACGUUGACUCCUGUUAGCAAUUUAACGGAGAUGCAGCCGCCGGGCAAGCAGCAGCAACAAAUCAGUAAACAGUCGAGCGCGGGCGUUACCGAGCGUUCCUCGCCGUCACCGCAGUUGCAUCAGAUGCAACCGCCAAAGUCACAUUCCCCACCGCCGGUAUAUCAGCAGCUGAACAACGUGUCGAGGACACCUUUCUCCACGGCAGAGAUCCUCACGUCGCAGUCUGGCUAUCAAUCUGCCAGCGAACGUCCUCCACCGAGCUCACCCAUGGUCGCUCAGAGAACACAGUACUAUCCUCGAUAUCAUCAUCCUGAUAUAACCAAGAGCGCACCGGUGCCACUAAGUCACAGCUCCACGUAUCAAUCAGCAAAUGCGCCGCCAUCGGCGACUGUCGUUCAUCAACCAGCAAUAAGGCCCAGCCCAAUUGAGCAGAGCAGCGCAAGUUCAGUUCCUCAGCAGCAACCAGCCCCUCCCCAUCAACCGGAACAACGCGUACCUUCCGCUUACACCCCGUCAUCCUCCCAGAACCAUCCAGCACCAUAUGGCGUACCCUCAUCCCAAGGACACAAUCCGAGCCCUUAUCAUCCCGUGGCACCGAGUGUCAAUCAACAUCCCCAGAGUCAUCCAGCAGUUAUGACGAAUACACACAAUCCCCCGUCUAUACUGCAUUCCUCCAAUGUGUCGUCAGCUCAUAUACCUGCGUCGCAUUCUUCCUCGACCAAUCCCUGCAGUCCGCAUCACAGCAGUUCGAGUCACAUUCCUUCGCCUCAUAAUCUUCCGGCGCACAUUCCAUCUCCGCAUCUACCUGCGGCGCACGCUCCUUCACCGCAAAAUCCAAGCCGAAUCAAUCCUUCACCCCAUGUACUAAACAGCAGUCCUUAUCCCCCUCGUGUCCUGCCACACAUACCCUCCAGCCAUAACUCUCUCGGUCCUGGCCACAUGCCUCCUCCACCUCCCACUGGCUAUCAUACCCCGUCUCCUCAUGAACCAAAUCAUCACACACCCUCGCCACAGAGACAAUCCCCACACGUGUCCUCUCUACACAAUCCCCAUGCGUCCCCACAUCACCCAUCCUCACCUCACACUUUCCAGCCACACUCUCCCACGUAUCCGCCGCCACCGAGAUCGUCGGCGCACUCCUAUCCUGUUCCAGCGACCUCGCAGCAUUAUCAAACAACUUCCUACGCCAGUCCCUAUCCUCCUCAAUCUUACCAUUCCUUCCAAAAAAAUCCGGCACAAGGCAGCUACUACUCGCAACCGAGUAGAUCACAAUCUUACGCGCCAGCCGUGCCGGUACCGUCGGUUCCACAGGCGCCAACCUCGCUGAACAAUAGUUCGACGUACGGAAGUCAGGCCAAGCCGAUAACGUACAACGGAGCAGACGGGAAAAGGAACUCGAUGGUGGAAGCGGUACCGGCGUAUGGAUCUUAUCAAACGUCGAUUCCUAUGCAGAGGAGCUCCAAUACUCACAACCUGCCUCCUAUCGCGGCGUUGUCGUCUUAUCAUUCCAACAGGAGUUCACGGGAGCCCCUUACCAAAGCUCAGCCAGCCCAACGGCAAAGGACGCCAUCGAUAAAUAGCACUAAGAGUUCCCCGGUGCAACCUUCCCUAGUCCCCCAACGGGUCAACGACUACUCAGCUGCCCCCCUGGCAUCUACGAUGAAUCAUUCGAUGCCACUUAACGGAAGAACCACUACAGUCGCCAGUUCAACGUAUCCCAGGUUCAGCGGACAGCAGAGUUAUCCCCAAUAUGCGACGACGAUAGCACCCAGCCAUCAUGGGAGUAAUUCUUCCAGCACUACGGUGACAUCGAUCGGUGCUACAAGACCAUCGGUACCCGCUGCAACUCCCGUGCACACCUAUUCGUCUUCCAAUCCUGUGAACCGUUCGUCGAGUAGCGCCUAUCCGGCAUUACACGCUGCCGAGAAUUAUGCAUAUAAGGAAUACCCAGCAGGGACUUCGUAUGCUAACUCAUCAGCAAGUCAAUCCGCUCCUGUCGCGACAAUGGCAACCACGCUGCAAACUAAUGGAGUACCAAUUAGGAAGAGGGAGUCGCCCCUGGAUCUCUCAGUUAAAACUGUAAAGACUCCAGCCGAUUCCACUGCGCAGGAUGAUUUUGAUGCUAAUGGAACCGAGAAGCAUCAAGUUAGCAGUUCGAGCAUUAGAAGUAGCAAUAAUAGGGCCAUGUUACCUCCACAGCUACAUCCACCUCCACCUACUUCCUAUUCUGCGUUCGACCCUUCACGCAAUGCGAACAGCAGCACGAGAAAUCCGACCUCGUGUGUCAGGGUGUCUACCCCUCAGACGGUCUGCGCACCAAAGGUCGACUUCCUUCCGGAUUUUAACUCCACACCGUUACAACGUCCUGGUCAGUCGAGUCACGAGAACCCCUUGCGAAGGAGCACCACUCAGCAAUUCUAUGCCCCGGCACCGCAUACGAAUCCUGCAGCACCAUUGCCACAUAUGUCCACUUUCAAGAAGAGUUCACUGCCCACACCGGUCUACGACAAGACUACGCCGUAUCACCCCAAUAGUACAUCACGAUCGACGCGUUAUCCUCCGGUCGAUCCAACGAGGACGCCCAUUCCUGUACAGGAAUAUUCUCCGGAUCCUACUAAAUAUUACAUGGAGCAAAGUAAAUUCUCACAGUCAGCUCAUUCAAAAACUCGGUCUCCUGCCAAGCGAACUGCCGAACCCGUCUAUACGGGGCCCAGCAAACAACCACGUCUCGAUACAUGGCGACUGACGAUAGAUCAACAAAUAGAGCAAAGACUUUCGACGGCCCGCGCAUUGCACGAGCAACAACAGCGACAGGAAAUGAGUCUACCCGGUCCAAUUCCCAAUGGUGCUAUUACUGUCAGCAGUGGUUACGACCAAAGACCUGAGAACGCAUAUCCAUCAGAAUCUCCGAGAUACCAAGCUUUCUGUGAUAAAAGAAAUUAUCCCGAUGGCAAAAUUGCACGAAGUUCACUUCAUUACAAUCAUGCUGUGUUGAAAUCGCCAGGUGUUCACAGCAAUCCGCAGCCAUCCAGUAGUCAAGCGUCUUACCAGAGCUAUCGUCACGGGCAGAGAAUGUCUCACGGUGGUACAGUCCCAACUACGGAUCCGCCUAGUAAUACAGGGGCUGAUAAAAGGGUGCUGAGCUUGCUCAGAAAUAGUCUUGAGAAUAAACAACAAAGAGAGGAACAGCAUAAUAGCCAACAACCCAUCCUUGUCAAUCACAAUCAGCAAAGUUUCCAAAAUAAGGUUGUCGCGCCGGUUGAACCCAAAACGAACAUAGGACGACACAACUUGUCACCAUUCACUGCAGCGAGUUUACUUGAACGUAACAGCAACACACCACCCCAUUACAAGUUCCAUGUGCCAAGAGCAGUAGAUUCUAUCACUCAAGAGGCUCCUCGUAGCUUGUACGCCUCACGAGUGAAUUCAUCAGCUACGCUACCUGGUAAAGAGGCUCUUCUGGGACCGCGAGGAGCUGAAAAUCAGAUUCACAGAGACAAGGACGAUGGUCUUGCUGCCAUUCUUGCGGCGAAAAUUAGGACAAAAGCAGAGCUUAAGCAGGUUGGUACCGGACAGUUUAUUGCAAAACCGACAAUCGUCCCUCCUCAAGAUAUAUCUGUAACGCCAAAGGACGUCGAAAGCGCAGCUUCUACGUCCACCCCACAGUCAGGAUCAUCCGCAGGGAGUCCACCUAAAUUAACUCGAGAAAAAACAGCCUGCUUACCUCUAAGAAGGCGUCUAUUCUCGAAAACGGAAGAAGAGAACAUGCCCGUAGCUGCCACCAUACCUGUACCACCGCCUGCGGUAGCAUCGACAGUUCCACCGCGUGCAAGCGGAUUCCGAAGUUCGUCCGAGACAUCAGUUUUCGACUUCAGAGAGAGCGAUUCCGAGGGAGAAAUGCCGGUGCUGGAAAGACAAACUUUGGAAGAGAUGAGGAGGGACAGGAAGCAAUUGUCCAAAGUUCAACCGCCCGUUCCGCUCAACGAUGCUAUGUGCAUUGGAAUGGCAUCAUCGUUGGAUCUCGUAAAGAUAGAGUUGAAGGAAAAUGACAAGAUUACCGAGCUGGAUCCAAUGUGGGCAGCGACCUGUGAUAAGUUUAUGGAACAAUUGCGCAGCGGUGACGCCAUGAAGAAGCGCGGACGACGAAAGAAGCCCGAUGGUACUGCUCCAUCGAAAUUGGACGCAAGUAACGAGAGUAACAAGGAUUUCGAUUCCACGUCGCAACUUGAAAUCAGACCGGAAGAUAUUAAGAAGGAGAUACAAGAGGGAGAGGUGGUUACCAGUAGUAAGAACGGACCGACGGAAUCUAAUAAGAAGGAAGAGGAGGAAGAGGAGAACUCGAUCACUACAGAGGUUAAGACUGAACUGUUAGAAUCAGAAGUCAAGGGUGAGGACGUCAACAGAAAUUCAAGUGAUGAUACAGACGAGGUGCCACUUAUUCAAAGGACAGCUAAAAAGAAGUCAAAGAGAGAUGAAAGCGACUGCGAUGAGGAAAUAAUUUGCAGGAAGCGAAGAUUACGUAGAGGAAGUAGAAUAAAGUUAGAAUCGUCAAGUGGAAGUGAAAGCUCUAGUGAGGAUAGUGAUGCUAGUACAGAAUUUGGACAGGAAUCAACAGUAGCGGAUAGAUUACGAGCGAGGAAACGUUCUGCUGUGAAUACAGAAACUGAAGGGAUGAAGUUAAGAUCGAGAGAUACCACACCUCAUAAAGCCAAACAGGAAAAAGAGUGCAAAUUAUCAUCAUCAAAAGGGGGAUCCUCGCAGAAAGCUAAACCCAAGCCGCUGUUUGGUGAUGGGAGUGAUUUUAGGCCAGGCUGGGAGGAGGAAGUUUAUGUUUACAAAAAAUCCUUAAGAAUGCCAACGAGAUUAAUAACAGUCUCGAAGCCUUCGAGGUUCCAUAGGUUAUCCACAUCAUUACCGGAUUUGGAUCCUGGCUCACCAGCACUUUCAGUAUCUAUGGAUAGUUCUGACGUUUGUCUCAGUAGAAAAAGAAUGACAGACAGUGACCUAGAUUCUAAUUGCAGCUUCAGUAUUACUGGUCUUGGUAGUAAAAUUGAUGACGAAGAAGCUACGUCUUCCACUACGAUAUCCUGUCCGCCUAAGACUAUGACAAGACAUACCCGAUCCGAGAAUAAUUCUAUCGUGGAUCUUCUUGCUCAGAAAGUCGGUACUACUAAAAAAGAUCUGAGGAAGAAAUCAAAGGAUAAAUUUGAAAAAGGUGCUAAGACUCUUCCUAAAGGUAGCAACGAACCAGAGUUACUUCCUACUCCGAGUCUCACUUCUCUCCUGGCCUCAAACGAGACGACUGUAAAGACAAAAGGAAAAUCACCAUUGAAGAAUAAUAAAUCCCCAAAACCAAUUAAAGUUACCGACUCCUUCCUUUUGGGCUACUUCCGUAAGGAAACUGUUAAUAAUUUCCGGGAUACAUUUAAGAAUAAUCACGCUAUACCCAAUGAAUUUUCGACGUUCGUUUUAAAAAGCAGAACUAGAACUGAAACCCGGGUUUUAAAGAAGCAGACAACUAUCAGAGAAGUGUUUGGUGAGGAUAGACCAGCUUCAGCUCCACCAAUGCAAAAUCACGCAGGAGAUACUUCGCAAGAUGAUGAUUCGCAGAACGAAGCUCAGGAGGGUAUUCUGGGUAGAUCUCGCACUCUCAAGCAGAAGGUUGUCUCCCGUCUGAGAAACGCUGGGAUCUUAAGAAGUCACAAAGCUAUAAUAAAUUCUAAACGUCACCUGUUGUCAUCAAAAAGGCGUAAGGAUCUAUUGAAGUCUCUGGCGGAGAAGCAAUUGAAACAUAUAAAGAAGGAAGUGGAAGAUGAAGCUCAGGAUGACACACAGGAUGUACAAGAAAUGGAAAACAACGAGGCUGAGGUCGAUAAUGCUGACGAAGCUGAGGCGCCGAAUAAGAAGAAAUUAAAACUAAGAACCGGCCGUCGGAAAUUCCGUUCUGGUUUUGAUUAUAUUCGCAAAAAGAAAAAGCCUUUAAAGAAAGAUGAGACCAUAACGAAGGAGCGAAAAAGACAAAUUUUACCAAGGCCCAGUCCAGAGUGCGUUGCUGAUAUUCAGUCAGAAAUCAGAACGUGGGUCAUUAAGAAAGGUGUUGGGGAGACUAUUCUUCAUCGAGCUGCCAGGCUCGGCUACACGGAUGUAACUGCCUAUUGCUUAGAAAAACUGAAUAGUGCGCCAAGUCCUAAGGACAAUGCAGGGUACACGCCGCUUCAUGAAGCAUGUUCCAGAGGCCAUCUUGAAAUCGCUAAACUUCUUCUUGCGUAUGGAGCUAAUGCCAGUGAGAGUGCAAAUGGUGGAAUCAGACCACUUCACGAAGCAGCAGAAAGUGGUGCCACUGAGCUCGUUCGACUACUACUUUCAUAUGGCGCUGAUCCCUUAUUGGCUACAUAUUCGGGACAAACACCGCUGAUGUUAUCAGCCGACACCGAUGCUUAUUCUAUCCUCGAACGACAUUUAGAUGAUAUUCAAGGCCGUACAUCCACGCCCUGGUUCUUUGGAGGUCCAGCAUCAAUUUUUGAUCCAGAAGAUACGGGAUACAACCCAUUAGAGGAUGUACCGUUAGAUAAUCCUGAGCCAGAAUUGGACGAAGUCGAGAUGGAAGUGAGCGACAUUAAUAUGCCUGUAUUAUUUUCCCUUGCAAACGAUACUGAAAAAUGGGUCCUACUACAAGACUUGAUGGCAGCUUUACGAGUGAAGAGCAGAGAUGCAUUACUUCGUCAAGUGAAUCCCAAAGCUCCUUCCGGGCCACCAGCGGUGGCGCACCGGGAUGUAAUGAAGGAACUGAAACUUCCUGAUUUCCUGGAGCAGUCAAGAUGCUUGCAUUUGCUGAGUGGCGGUGAGCGAAUCAACGUGCGGGGUUCGAAAGUAACUCUUAUAAAAUAUAACGCCAAGGUCAAGUCCCUGCUAAACGUCGAAAGGGUCGUGAUUAGUCUGAGGUGACAGGAGGCGUUGCUGGAGAGUGACACUUCGCUCCAGGCCAGCAGUUCAACAACGUCCAUAUUAGACAAGGAAACCUCUAAGAAGCAUCAAAACAGAACUAUGAUUAGUGCUUCGCUUAAACGCGAGAGACAAGUGAGAACACGGCAAGCUAAUCGUAACUCAGUAGAUUAAGUAAUUAUUAUCGCUAUAAGACGUCUUCUCGAGCCGGUCUUGGCAAUUUCACUAUUUUAAUUGUGUAUUAAUCUACAUCGACACUGUCCCUGUCGAUACUAAGAUCAGGAACUUAACCAUGGCAGGAUAACUCGCAGUUGUACCGUAUGCACAGACCAGAUCGACAUUCUCACUUGGGAAGAAAAAAGAAACCUAUAUGUAUAAUUAAUAUAAUCGUUUUUGAUGGAGAACCAAUACGUAAUGGAAUUUAUUAUCAGUGCUUCCGAAACACUAAAACUCUUUUCUAGCUCGUGUGUUUCAUUGUAUCUCUGCAUUCAAUAACGAUUAAUCUAAUUGCAAAUAUAUAAAAUUCCGUCAAUCGCGUGCGGUACAAUUUCGAUGCCAAGAUAAAAUAAAGACACGUGGAUUAAUUUAAUGGGAAUACGAGUGAGGAUAACAAAGCAGCAAACUGUGACAUUAUAUUAGAGUGUUUAUUGGAGAUAUAUCCAUAGGGUGAUGAUAUUUUAAUAACGAGCCUCGAAUGGCUGGUUAACCAUGAAUUUUAAUCUAACGCUUUUAGAGGAAAACUGCCGUAAUGACAAUAGAGUUUGCGAGUCCUUUUGAUGGGGAGUCUUAUCUGUGUUUACUUUUUAUCGAGUCGCGUGUUAGUCUCAUAUUUAUAUUAGAAGUCUUGGUAACAUCUUUAAGGAUGCCAAUUGAAACCACACGAUAGAUGUAUAUUUCGUUUCGGAGAAUAAUGGGAAAAUUAUAAAUAAGUGCCCCAAUUUAUUGACAAAUAAUUCUCGAUUGAAGAUAAUGCCGGUGAUCCCUCACAUUUGGAUAGGUUGCGUGAGCCAAUACCGUUUUAUUAAGUUUAUGAACACUGGGUUAUUAUUAAUUAUACGGUUAUGCGAGAAUGCGUGUAUUAUAAAAAUGAGCUUACGGCUACCCACGUUACCACUUCUGAGUUGUAUUCUAUAUUUUUCUUCGUCUUUCACUUUUAAUAUUAAUCUACGAUGUUAUAUGUAAAUUAUAUUCGGUCUUUAUGUUUUUAAAUGUACAUAUACCUUUAGAUGCUACGUGGCAUUUAUAAGUUGGGAAGUGCAAUUUGGAGUCCGAUUAUUCGUGUUAAUACUCUGGGGUGGACUGAUAGCGCAAUUAUAGGUGAGUUGCAAUUAAGAGUGAACGUUCAUGAUUGUUUAGGAUCACAACGUAUCGCGAUAUGUCGAUCGAAUAAUAUUGUGUGUGCAAUAACGUGUGCAGCCGAUAUAACGAUACUUUAAGUUUUAAUUAUUCGCGUAUCGGUUAUACUAAAGAGGCAAGUUUCGUUAUGAACAAUUGACAUACAUUUUUUGAGCAAGCAGUUAUCAUCUGAGGGAUAGAUCUACAUAAGAACAAAGAAAACCUCAAUCAAAUUCGAGUCACGAACAUUUUUUUUCUAAACGAAGCAAUUAAAGGCAUCCGCAUCGUAGAUACGGAUUAGAUCGACAACGUAUCGUAAUAUCGAUCUCCGUACUUAUUCGUUCACGGUUUAUACCGUAUUUGAUGAUAGAGGAUUAUGAUUACUCCAAAAAGAAAUUAGGAGAGUCUGAUAAAAGGUGGCUUAGAAGCUCCUUUUUUUCAUCACAAAGCUUUUUUUUACGGCUUGCAUAACGCUGAAAACUAUGUGCUUUAUUUAAAUGCUGUAUACAUACUUUAAUCGUUAUAAUCAGUCUCAGGGAAAUCUAUAUGUAUUCUCAAUAUCUUAUAUGUUAUACCUAAAACGGAUGUGCGCUCAUGCAUUAUUAUCGGCCACACUUGAUUAGCGUAUGUAUCGAAUACGUACUAAUGUAUAGUAGUUAUUGUCUUUCCAAUUGGCAGUCGAUACUCGUGCUUGGGCGUGCGGUUCUUUAAUUUUAUUUAGCUGACGAUUAACCAGGAUUAACGGCGGAUAAUGCAGUUGUAUCAUAUACUGACUACUUUUAAAUAAAAUCAUUCAGAACGCCUCUAAGCCCAUUUCUUUGCAGCGAUUUGCGAGUUUGUAAAUGAUAACAGUGUACGUAUUGUAUGUAUGUCUUCUAAUGUAAGUAGGAAACACUGUAAGUAGUAGUUACGUUUUUUUUUUAUAAUAGUGUAUUACUUGUGUAUGUAAAGAAUAACUGGUGUUAUGUAGUUUAAUGUAAUUCAGUGAAUAAAAUACGCAGAUGCGCGCCUGCGUAUGUACAUAUUUCAGAUUAUUACUAUUACAAUUAUUAUUACUAUCCGCUUUUUUAUUGUACUAUAUAUACAUAAUAGUUAUUAUUGAUGUACAUUUUCUUAGCCGUAACGUUUCCCCUACCCCUUGUAUUUAUAUAUUCAAGAAACUUCUAAAUGUGUUAACGCUACUGCUUUACGAGAAAAGAAAUUAUAUAUGAGAAAAAGAGAACAAAUAUAUAUAUUUUAUUUCCGCAGUUUAGUUCAAAACGAUCUUAACGCAAAGGAUACAAAUUAGAGUUUCUCUGUGAUUCGUAAAUGGAGGAAUUAAGAAUACGGUUAAUUAUUGUCAUUAUCAUGAUUAAAAAAAAGCCCCAAUGGAUUGUCGACAAUUUCGUAAAACACAUAACUUGUGAUUUCUUUUGCUAAUAUCAGUAACAAAAUAUCCUAUCGAUGUAAUAAAACAAGUAUUUUUACCGAAA